UCUUUUGGAGCGUAGUGCGUGCUCUGAGAAACUCACAGCAACCCAGGUGCGGUGGGCGGGGCUGCGGCCGAGACUCCGCCCCCUGCUGUGUAGACUACUAACACAGGUGAAGGAGACAAGAAGAAGAAGAAGGAGAAGCUUUUUGGAUUAAAAGGGAAGGCAAUGACGCGGCUAAUAUAAAUAAUUGUAGGAUAACCGGAAAUAAAUCAUGGUAAACUUUGGAGUAUGCUGCACCAGCCUCAAGGACAGCAAGGCCUUGAUGAAGAUGGGCCUUGGGCUGGUGCUGGUAGGUCACAUGAACUUCCUGCUGAGUGCGCUGGUGCACGGUGCUGUGCUCAGGCACAUCAGCGUCCACGCCCUGGCUCGAACCAUGGUGUACGCCAUCGCCAAUGUGAUCGCUAUUGUGGCUGGCCUUCUGGGAAUCAUUUGUGGAAUACUUACCAUUGUUUUGUCCAAAAACAAGAAAAGAGUGCCACUGAAAUGGUCCCUGUUGGUCACAAGCUUCAUAUCGGGCCUCUUAGGAACGGCCUCUGCCCUUGGUGUCAUGGCCUCCACAGUGAAGGCCAUAAUGCACAAUGGGCGGGGCCUGUUGACCCACUGCAAGUUCCCUGAUGCUGAUGGCUAUUCCAGCAUCACCUACGAAUGCCCCUUUGACCCCACCCGGAUCUAUGGAACCACGAUAGUCCUCUGGAUUCCCCUCAUCGUGUUGUCUGUGGUGCAGCUGGUGUUUUCCUUCCGCUGCUUUGCGCUCUGCACCUCCUCCCUCUAUCUAUGCCCGUGCCACAAGAGGCCUCGCAACGCCAAACGGGUUCGCAUUCAGAGACAUCAUCAAACCGCACAGUCAGUGGUUUCGGCCCCGGAACCAGACAGCGAGCUGGAGACUCCGGAGCAACAUGAACUGUUGGACCGUCACACUUCAGAAGGACCGAGUGACUGGCUCUAAACCUGCCAGGUCACCUUCCAGAGAGAACUUAAAACCUGCUGCGUAGAAACACUGUAGCUGAAGAAAACUCCAACCCAACUCCAGAGGGAGCUGAUAAGUCAACGGUUACGCUAAGGACUAGUCCCGUCUAAUGAUGAACUGGACAGUCGAUACGUACAAGGAUGUAGUGCAACCACAGAAAUAAGUGACUACCCUUCAGGACAUGGUGGGAUCAAAUUGCUUUAUUCACAUGAGAAAAUAUCAAUUUAUCUCGAAAGUAUAAGUACUUUGUAAACAAUGUUGUAAAUGCUGUUAUUUUGAAAUUGUAGGAACUACUGUUAACUUCACCAUGUGCACAAUAUGCUUUUGGACUCAGGAUGGUAAUUCAAGUGAACAUUUAUUUACUAUUUUUUUUAUUAAAAUGUGUGGUCAAUACACCGGAGUUUGUCCCAGAAUGCUACGAAAGUCACGAGCAGGCUGUUGGAACAACGUUCAAAGAACAAAACAAUACAUACCACUCUUACCUCCCCUUUCACAAGAAUAUAAUACAGCACAUUGGACAUUCAAGUCCCAAGAUAACCUAGGGGACUAUUGGAUCAGAGUUCUGCAUGUCUCUAGGCUAAACACACAGAAAGGUUCCAGCUAAUGUGUCAAUGACUCCAUUAGGACCAUUUCAUAUGUAUACAACCUAUUAAACUUAAUAUUGUAAAAUGUCCUUUAUGAGGACUGAAUUCCUUUAAUGCUAGGGGUAUAUUAUGUCAA